UACACUUGCACGAGGGCACCUCAGGGCAGUGAACCUGUGUUCAAGAUGUCAAAACGGGAGCAAGAGGAAGCGGAAUAUCUCGAAAAACACAAGAUUAUUGACCUGAUUGAUAAUUUAACUAGUAUGCUGUUUUUCUACAGACCAGAGCGACCUCAGGAAUUUCUGAUCGAUCAGCUUGAAAAGCUUAAAGAAUCUAAAGUCAGUCAAGAAUACAGUCCGUGUCUUUUUAACGAGUCCAACUUAGACGCUCUAUUUGGUAUCCUGGAUCCCUCUCAUCAGGGUUAUUUCACUCAUACUCAAUACAAUGAAGCACUAAAGACACUUGGUGUCAAGAAUUUCAAUGAGUUUCCAGAUGGAGCUGGUGAGGACAGAAUAUCACAAGAGACUUUCAGAAGAGAGGCGAAAGACGGGUGUCUGAGAAGUGCAGCAACUUUCCAGACAUAGAUAUUCAAUGGACAAAUCAACAACUCAAACAAACAUAUUUAACAGUGCUUAUGUAACAUAAUGAUUUAUGAAGAACACAUUUUAUGUUUUCUUUUUUAUAUACGUGUAUGUCAAUAAAAUGUUAACAGAUGUCCCAUCAUAGUAUACCUCUUCGUCAUCCUUAAAAUUCUUUUCUCAUGUGUUUAUGUAUAUUUGAAAUGCAGAUGAGGGAGUUUUUGUCUUGUAACCUGGUAAUAAAUAAUCCUCUGAUA